UCAUUUUCAGUGUUGCAGUGGACUGGCCGGAUGGCGGUCCAGACUCAGGCCUGACGAGCGAGGCGUCGCCAACAGGAGUGCGGAGGCUGAGGUUUGGGUGGACUUUUCUGGGAAAUCCUCCAAAACUCACAUUUGCCAGGGUAACCCGCGAGGAGACGACGCCGCGUUUCCUGUGCACUCCCAGCGAAGGUUCCAGCAGGCGCGUCAACGCUCCUUUGGAAGAGAAAAUAUCUGAGGAUUAAAGCAAACGAAUGCAAACAACCAGCGGCUGCUGGCGGUAUGACUUUUUAAAAACUUUUCUGUUUGUUUAAAAAAAAAAGUCCCGAUGCGUCCAGGAAAGGAAGCUUCGUGGAAUAAAGCUGGAUGUGACUCCUUACGCGCAAAGAACUUCUUCUCCUCGGGAUUUAUGUCUGAUCGAAGCAAUCCUUUUCAAUUUGGAUGUUUGGUUUACUAAACGGCAUCAGUAGAUUAUUAUGAGGCGACUCUGCGCACAGGAUGUCCUCAUCUGUAAUUAAUUGAAACCAUAUUUUGUGAAGACGCGGCCCGACUACUGAAGCCUCGCUGCCGGAUCUGCAGCAAAAAGGUUGUCUUGCUCUGUUUGGUCUCUUUCCAAAAUGCGGGAGUUUGUUCUUAUUUCAGCCCUGAUUUGUCUGCUAACUUGGACCCAAGCAGACAGACAGGCCGCCCUAAAGCCGCACCGACACGCUCGGAUGGGACGUGUCCAACCGGGCGCAGCGAACACGGAGCGCGUCGUGGGGCGUUUGCGCCCUGGGUUUGGAUCUGCCCUCUCUAUCCACGGCUCCAGCAGGGAGGUGAAUGUUCAGGCUGAUGAGGGGGCUUUGCCUGCGAUUAAGAAGGGGGCUUUUCAGGGCAGAGGCGGGGGCUCUGUCGCCAGGAGAUCGGGCUUGCCUCGCCAGUCGGACAUGCUCCAAGAUGAAGGCGCUCAGGGGUCCAGAGCGCGCGGCGGACGGAUGCCCAGCGGCUCCGGUUCACCUAAUCUGCUCGCCAGCUUCGCGGGGAAGAACAGAGUCCUCGUCAUCUCUGCGCCUCAUGAAUCAGACGGUUACUACAGAUUGAUGAUGUCUCUUCUCAAGUCAGAUGUCUACUGCGAUCUUGCAGAGAGACACGUGCACCAGAUCGUGAUGUUUCAUCAAGAGGGAGAGAUGGGAGGAAAGGUGAGAAGAAUCAGCCCUCUGGGGAAAAUAUUUGAGGAGCCUCUGGACACGGUGCUCAUCCCCAGACUCAUGAGCUUCCUCAAACUAGAGAAGGGGAAGUUUGGGAUGGUGCUUCUGAAGAAAACCCUGCAGGUGGAGGAGAAGUACCCCUACCCUGUGAGACUGGAAGCCAUGUAUGAGGUCAUUGAUCAGUCACCCAUGAGGAAAAUUGAGAAGCUUCGCCAGAAAGGUUUCCUCCAGAAGUGUAAGGCAGCAGGUGUGGAGGGUCAGGUGGAGGAGCGAGCACUGACAGAAAGUUCAUCCACAACUGCCACCAGCACACCUACAACCAUAACUCAAUCGACAACUACUACAACCAAGGCCACAACUACAACCAAGGCCACAACUACAACCAAGGCCACAACCACCACCAAGGCCACAACCACCACCAAGGCCACAACCACAACCAAGGCCACAACUACAACCAAACCCACAACUACAACCAGAGCAACAACAACCACCAAAGCCACCACUACUAGAAGAACCACAACCACAAAAAAACCCACUACCACAGUCACUCAAAGACCCACCAGGCCACAAACCACAGCAGUGUGGCCCCCAGUCCCAAGAACCUCAGCAAACCCACACUACUACAAUCCUCGAGACGGAUAUUUGGCUAAGACCACUCCAUCUGGAGACAACAGCAUUGACAAGGACAGAAAGGAUCCACACAACCAGAAGCCAGUUUCGGAGACACACAAACCCUUUAAGAUUAAACCAUCGAAGAAGAACACAGGAGAGAAGAUCCUGAUUAAAAAGUAUGAGGACAAGCUAGAGCCCAGCAAGCCAACAUUCAGUUACCCGGAGGAGACAGAAACCCUCACUGAUGCACCUCCAACCAAAAAGGCCAAGGGCAGGCACGAUAAACAUGAAAAGAAGAAGAAGAAAAACAAGGCUGCCAAGAAAUCUGAGAAAACAGGAGGCAAAGCUGGGAAGGAGGGAAAAAUUGGAGGAAAGAAAAAUGGAAAGAAGUUGGCAAAACACCCAAACAGAGAGGACUACCCAAAGCCCACAAAGAGACCAACGCUUCCUCCAAAGGGUUCUCUCCUGGACUCCUUCCUGGACUACUUUGGUAACAGAAGGCGACUUCUGCUGAUCACAUCCCCUUCUGAAGAGAACAACAUAUAUGUCCAGCAAAGAGACGAGUAUCUGGAGUCGGUGUGUGAGAUGGCCAUCAGAAAACUCUCGAUCAUCACCAUCUUUGGCACAAUGAGCAACUCCACCAUGAAGAUCGACCAUUAUCAGAUAGAAAACGACAAGCCGAUGAAAGGUCUCCGUCAGGAGGAUCUGGUAAACCAGGACCUAAUAACAGAGCUAAGGAAAGAGUAUGGAAUGACAUAUGAUGAAUUCUACAUGGUUCUCACUGAUACUGAUAUGAGAGUUCAGCAAUCCUACGUGGUCCCAAUCGCAAUGAAGGCUAUUUUUGACUACAUUGAUACCUUCUCCUCCCGCAUCAGUGAAAUGGAACAGCAGAAGAAAGAUGGAGUGGUUUGUAAAAAGGAGGACAAGCCCAGAUCUCUGGAGAACUUCCUCUCCAGGUUUCGAUGGAGACGCCGCUUGUUUAUCAUCUCUGCCCCAAACGACGAGGAUUGGUCCUAUCAGCAGCAACUUUAUGGUUUAAACAGUCAGGCUUGUAAUUUGGGUCUGAGACACAUUGCAAUUCUGAAGCUGGUUGGUAAGGAGCUGCCAGACAUGGGCGGAGUCUUGGAAUUAUAUCCCAUUAAUGGAAGUGCCACAGUGGAUCGUGAAGGACUGUCGCCCACUCUGGUGAAGGACAUGAGGAACUACUUCCAGAUAAGUCCAGAAUACUUCUCCAUGCUGCUGGUUGGGAAGGAUGGCAACGUCAAAUCCUGGUACCCUUCUCCCAUGUGGUCCAUGGCUAUCAUUUACGACCUGGUGGACUCCAUGCAGCUGCGCAGACAGGAGAUGGCUAUCCAGCAGUCGCUUGGCAUGCGUUGCCCUGAGGACGAGUAUGGAGGUUAUGGCUACCAUCAGCAUGGAUAUGAACAUGAUUAUUAGGGGAGUAUCUCCAGGGUUAUGGAGGGUAUUCCCAACUACCUUCAGUAUUAAACAUUCAUUUGUUUUAAAGUGAUACUCCUUCCAAAAGAUGGAGUUAGCGCCUUGAAUGUUCUGCUGUUCCUCGUGUAAACCUUACAAUGUGCUUUUUGACACACACCAUAGGUAACAAUAGGCUGAACACCCAUUCAUCAGAUCUGGUUUUAUAGGAGAUUUUGGAAUAUCAGGUAUAUAAUCCCUACCUAGAUUAUACACAUUUGUCAUCUAAGCAUAUUUGUGUCUCACUUUAUUUCAUUUUUCUCCAGAUACGACUCAGAUUUUCAGCAUAGACCUGUAUUCUGUAGAUAGUGGGCUGACAUAAUGUGUAUUUAUUUGGUAUCUGUCUUGUUUAAUGUGCAAUUUUUUAAAAGCUGUCACAUUGUUUUUCUUCUACAUUUCUUUUGUUGCCCAAAGUUUUAUUUAUACUUUAUGGACAGUAUGACAAGUAAAAAGGUUUCAAGUCCACGACAUGUUUUAGGUCAUUAUCCUCAUGUUGGGUCCUCAUUGUGAUACGUAAUGGUGGGUUCAAUUACCGGUACAAUAUAACAAACAAUAUGAACAAACACACAAUGGGUUUUUCCACAAUUACAUUACAGGAAUAUUCAUUUAAGAUAGGUUGAACUGAUAUCAUAAUCAGUUGUAGCUUGUGAUGUUUUUAUACACAAAUAGACAUUUUAAAUGUUUUAUUUGUGUAUUUAUGUCUGAAGUUUAGUCUUCUUGAACUUGAAAUGCAUGCUCAAUUGGGUUAAGAUCAGGUGACUGACUUGGCCAUUCAAGAAUAUUCCACGUCUUUGCUUUAAUAAACUCCUUAGUUGCUUUGGGCUGUAUGUUUUGGGUCGAUGUCCAUCUGUAUUACUGUAUGAAAUGCCACCCAAUCAGUUUGGCUGCAUUCACCUGGAUCUGAUCUGAGCAGAAAGGCCCACAAACAAACAGCAACUGAAAGCCGCUGCAGUAACAGCCUGGCAGAGCAUUAAGAAAGAGAAGACCCAGCAUCUGGUGAUGUCCAUGAGUUCAAGACUUCAGGCUGUCAUUGCCAACAAAGGGUUUUCAACCAAAUAUUAGUAAUGACCAUUUUGUUUUCAGUUAUUUCAUUUGUCCAAUUACUUACGAGCCCAUGAAAUGAAGGGAUUGUGUUUAAAAAAUGCUUUAGUUUUUCACAUUUUUAUGCAAUCUUUUUGUUCAACCCAUGGAAUAAAAGCUGAAAGUCUGCACUUCAAUGGCAUCUGAAUUGUUUUAUUUAAAAUUCACUGUGGUAAUGUACAGAAACAAAAUUAGAAAGAAUGUGUCUCUGUCCAAAUAUUUAUGGUCCUGAUUGUAACUAAAUGCAUGAUUUUCUUACUGUCUGAGCCAGAUGCAGUUAUUUUUAUGAUGACUUUUCAAUGUUAAAGUCAGUGUUUGACAGCACAGAAGGAUUUCACACACCGUUAGAUAUCCACUGCACAAAAAAUGACAGGUCAUGUUUUCACUAGAGCACAAUGAAGGUCUUAGCAUUGCAGUUCAGGAAACAAUCUUUUUUCACAU